AUGGCUGCUACCAAUGAUGGCAACAAGGACCGUCACCAGCAAUGGUACGAUCCAGACCUGGAAGAGGUCAACCCAGAAAUCCGCUCUCUGCUCGAGAACUACUCGAAAGUGCCACCCGCGGAUGUUGUGAAGCAUGUCAACAAAAUUAAUCCUUACCCGUGUAUUGGGCACUAUCGGUUCCUCAACUUGACGCUUCUGACCCAUCCUCUCUACCAAGAGAUUAUUCGGCGACUCAAAUCUAACCCCUCAUCCGUCUACUUGGACCUGGGCUGUUGUUUUGGCCAGGAUCUGCGCCAGCUAGUGCAGGAUGGAGUCCCCUCCUCACAGCUCAUUGGGUUAGACAUUGAAGGUCCCCUGAUGGACCUUGGCUAUGAAUUAUUCCUCGACCAAAAGACCAUGGAAAGCAAGUUUUUAGUGGCGGACAUUUUCAAGGGCGAGUCACAGGGUGAGCCCUGGACGAGCUUGGUCGCAAAUGGAGCGGAUGUCAUCCACUGCUCUGCUUUCUUCCAUUUAUUCCCUCUCAAUGAACAAAUCGAGGCAGCCAAGAACAUCGCCCAGCUCGUCAAGAAGGGCGGCAUUAUUGUCGGAAGACAGAGCGGCAGCGUGAAGCCGGGCGAGGUGCCUGCCAUCAAGCCCGGAAGCACAAGCUUUCGACAUGAUGUUGAAACUCUGACGAAGAUGUGGGACCAGGUCGGUUCCGAGACAGGGACGAAGUGGAAGGUUGAAGGCUCGCUGGAUGAGGUUGGCAUGAAGGGAAAGAAGAACCCGGUGGAAGAUGAGAACUCCCGCAGACUGCUGUUUACGAUUACCCGUCUCGAAUAA